AUGUGGCUAGUAUGUGUUGAUGCAUACUGGCAAUAUCCCUAUGUGACACAGCUGAAAACAACGACGACGACAGAUACCCUUAUGGCUCUAUCCGCCAUAUUCGCUAUUGAAGGGCUUCCCGAGACGCUGGUCAGUGACAAUGGGCCGCAACUGACAGCCGACCUCUUCAAACAAUUUUGCGCUAAAAAUGGAAUAAAACAUGUCACAUCAGCACCUUUUCACCCGGCAUCAAACGGAUUAGCUGAACGCUUUGUUCGCACUUUCAAAACGGCAAUGGUCAAGAAUUUGCAAGAUGGCUUGUCGAUUCCAGCUGCUUUGAUAAAAUACCGUUCGACGUAUCGUUCAAUGCCCAACGCUGAAGUUAAGACACCUGCACAACUAUUGCAUGGUCGCGCCGUUCGCACGUUGCUAUCGCAAGCACUGCCAAUCACUCAGAGUAAACCGAACAAAAAGGCCAACGCAAAAUUUAAACCCUCGCAAUUGGUUUACAUGCGGAAUUAUGCUGGCGGCCUUAAGUGGAUAUAA